UGGCGGCACGUUGUACUCACCUAAAGCACUGUCAUGGUCAUCUGGGGUUUAAUUUUGUCAUAGAAGGCGUCCGAGCUAGGCGUUUACGCAUUUGCCGAGCUUUUGGUUAAAUCUUUUUCAAAUUCGUUUUUGUUCGCCUUUUCUUAAACUUCGAUCGUUGUCAUUAAAUAAUUAUCAUAAAUACAAUUGUUGUGUUGAUUGACGGAAAGCGAUCGUGAAGAUGUGCGCGACAGUGUUAAGGUGAACGGGUUGUGCGAGUUGAAUAUUGGAUUUAAAACUAUGCCUUUGUACUUCUUGUGAAAAUAUAUAAAAUUUUCAAAAUUGCAAUGUCAAAAUUAUUAUAUGUAUUCAGUAUGAUAAGUUGACAUGGAAAUUGAAAAUAAUAUAUGGUUACCGAAUCAAGAUGCUGUCCUAAAGUGCAGUACUUUAUAUAAACUAAACGACAAUUUGGAAUGGUCGGGAUGUAAUGCUUCAUCGGACUCGCUCUUAUGUUGGCCACCAACAGAAGCAGGUCGUAUGGCAAUACAACCAUGUUUUGCUGAACUACAAGGGUUAAAAUAUGAUAUCUCAAAAAACGCUAGUCGGAUUUGCUUCGAUAAUGGAACUUGGGGCUUAACUGAUUUCUCACAAUGCGAGAUAUUAUUGCCAGUAGUGCCGGCAGACGACGAAGAGGGCACGGUAGACACUAUCAUUUACCUAUACAUUGCUGGCUAUUGUUUGUCAUUAGUAAUGACUACAUUGGCUAUUACCGUGUUUUAUAGAUUUAAAGAACUAAAAUGCUUACGGAACAAAAUACAUAUGAAUUUAAUGGCAUCGUACUUACUAGCUGCCAUCAUGUGGAUAGUUAAUUAUACAAUUCUAUUUAAUACAGAUGUAUUUGGAUGCAUUUUGGUAGCACUACCUCUUUAUUAUUUUACUGUAACAAAUUACUUUUGGGCUUUUAUUGAAGGGAUGUAUCUGUUCAUUUUGGUGGUAGAUACUUUUUUCCCAGAUCGGUUACGGUUGCGAACAUACAUGGCGAUUGGAUGGGGAAUACCUCUUAUAAUUAUUCCUACGUGGUGUGUCACGAAAUUGAUGAGGCCUAUGAAAACCGACUUAGAUAUCAUCAACCAAAUUACAUAUGAAAUGUAUUGUCCUCUGAUGGCGGAUUCAGCAGAUGAUUUGAUUUUUCAAGCGCCGGUUGCCUCUGUUUUACUAGCUAACAUUACGUUCCUUAUUCUUAUUAUGAAUGUUCUCAUAACAAAAUUACGAUCAAAAAGCUCCGCGGAAACUUAUAAUUAUAAAAAAGCAGCUAAAGCCUUAUUGGUUCUUAUACCAUUACUGGGUAUCACUUUUUGCUUGGACAUAAUAAAAUUAAGCUCACCUGGAGUUUUGGUUAAUAUUUACAAAUUCAGCAAAGCCGUUAUAAUUAGUACCCAGGGUUUUACUGUCUCUUUAUUGUAUUGUUUUUUUAAUCACGAGGUUCAAAAUACUCUUAAAUAUCAUAUGCUAAGGUGGAAAACAAAAAGAAGUUUUAUUACUUCGCGAAAGAAAUAUGGACGUACUUGGGCGUCAAUGAAAAAAGCCAAUAUCUGUGAUAAUUUGGAUCCAAAGGAACUUAUGCCGUGGUUACCGGGUUCAAAUAACGUUAGGUCCUUUUCUUGCGUCAGCAGCGGCACGACGACUUCAGCAGUGUCUAACAAUUUAGAUAUCCCAGCUGUUCAUACAAUAAUUCAAAUUUCAAAACAAGACCCUGGCCAAGAGCAACACGGCUGUUGAUAAUAAUUAUUUUCCAAUAGCAAAAAUAAGUUUUUUAAACAAUCAUGUGUAAUCAUAAUAGUAUCUCAAAUGAGUUUUCUGUAAUAUAAAUUUAAAUUAUUUAAAACGUCAUAUUGUACAUAGUAAUUUCUUUUAUAAAACUUAUUUAUAGAUGGCUUAUUAAAGAAACAGUUAUUAAAAA